UCGUCUACUGAGUUCCUUGCUCCGUUAGCAACAAUCACGCCAGACAAUCGAGGCGCUGUCAUCACACUGGAUGCUUACAUUCUCUUGUGCAUGACUGUUAUUGUUGUGGCCAUAAAGGUGAGUAUCAAUAUAUACUCUCGGACGUUCAUGGCCAGCACAGAUAUUCCUCUUCUGAUCGCCUUGAUUGUUGCGUCUUUCCAGAGUCUCCUCACUCAGUUUGCCGCUGAUUCCGGUCUUGGGAGACAUAACAGCCCUCUGAUACUCAAUCAAAUCAGUCUGAUAAAGUCCGCUGCACUCUCCCAAAAUACCUUUUUUUAUGCCGCUCAACAUUUGUUGAUCCUAGCCCUCUCACUAUUCAUGAUCUCAACAUGCCAGCUCAUCUAUAAUAUAACACCGAAUCGAACAAUCAGAAGCACAUGCGUCAUAACUCUGACUUUCAAUGCAGUCUGGACAAUAUUCGCUUUACUUGCGACAACCCUACAAUGCCAGCCGCCUCGAUGGAAGUUCUCUCCAAGCCGGUGUAUAGGCAAAGGGGCAAUCACUUAUUCCAUUAUGGCCAUCAAUAUCGCAAUAUACCUCGCGUUUUUGAUUAUAUCCAUAGCCAUGCUUCGGGGUGUACAGAUGGCGCUGCGAACGCGGCUCCAGGUACUCGCGGCGUUCUCGGGCCGAUUACUGCAAGAUAUUCUUUGGGAAAUGGCUAGAAUGGUAUAUCUUUCGGACUACCUGCAGUCAACUGAUCCAACAUGGCCAUUCGUCAACGUGGAUCUGUGCAAUCAGGUCAUAAUGUAUCUAAGCAUCAUUACAACGUGCAUGCCCUCGGUAUAUCGAGUCUUGAGCCACUUGAACUACGGUUUGAAUGGCGUACAUCUAUCAGAAGAGUGCGAGCUUAGCAGCAUGCCGAACUCCAGCGGG